CAUGAUGUUAUUGUGGUCGCCUUGGCGCGUCGCAUGGACAGAUUGAAGGCGAUACGCAACACUUUGCCCAAGGAUCAACAAUCACGGCUGCAUGUACAAAAAUGUGAUGUGACAAAGGAAAAUGAUGUGAACAACACAUUCGAUUGGAUUGAACAAACACUUGGCGGUGUAGAUAUUUUAGUUAAUAACGCUGGCGUGCUAAUACCAGGAGCCUUACUAACACAGAGUCUUAGCGAAAUCAAUCAGGUGCUGCAAACAAACAUUGUGGGCGUGGUUCAUUGUACACAACGCGCUUUUAAGUCAAUGAAGUCGCGUAAUUUCGAUGGGCAUGUGUUCCUCAUAAACAGCCUAACUGGACAUGGUGUGUUGAGUUGUCCACCGGAUGAGGUGCCCAAUUUCAGUAUUUAUGGACCAAGCAAAUUUGCUAUCACUUCGAUUACGGAGGUUUUGCGGCAAGAGUUUCGUGGCUAUAAAACUAAAAUUAAAGUUACUAGCGUAAGCCCAGGAUUUGUGGAUACUGAAAUUGUACCAGACACAUUCCAAAGCGAUUGUAUGUUGAACCCCGAAGACAUUUCAGCUGGUAUACUUUAUGCCCUCGGUACACCGCCGCAUGUGCAAGUGCAUGAAUUGACCAUUAAGCCAGUUGGUGAAGCUUAUUAGUCGAUUUCGUGAUUGUUUAUUUGUUUUAAGUGAAAGAAAAUAAAACA